AUGACGCGCAGCAAGCAGCAGCAGCAGCAGCAGCAGCAGCAGCAAGUGCUGCUGGGAAGCGCCCCGCAUGACGCGUUGGUGCUGCACUCAGGCGAAGCAGACUCCCUGGCGGAGUUGCUGCUGGAGCCGCAGCAGCAGCAGCAGAACAGCAGCAGCAACAGCAGCAGCAGCAGCAGCCGCAGCGUGUGCUGCGCUUUGUUUCUGUACGCAGACAGCCACGUUUGUGGUGAUGCUGAUUCCUCUCCUCGUUUGCUGCUGUCUUAUUCAGAUGGCUUGCUGCAGCUGCUGCAGCGGCGGCAGCCAUCUGUUGCAGCAGCAGCAGCAGCAGCAGCUUGGUGGGGCAACAGCAGCAGCAGCAGCAGCAGCAGCAGCAGCAAGAGCUGGGGUGGAGUUACACCCGAAGCAGAGUGGGUGGAGGCCUGGCGCGACUGGCUCUCCCCCCCCCUUGAGGAUCUCUUUGUGCUGCCGCCCCCCAGCAGCAGCAGCAGCAGCAGCAGCAGCAGCAGCAGCAGCAGCAGUUGGGGUGUAUGUGCACCUCUUGUAUGCGGCAGCAGCAAAGCUGGUGUGACUGUGUUCUCUCCCCUCAGCACGGGGUGUAUAUACACCCCACCCUCUUGCUGCUGCUAUUCUGCUGCUAGUCUUUUUGGCUGUUUUCAUUUUCUUUUGGGGCAUCGAGAGGUUGCUGCUGCUGCUGCUGCUCCCACAUUCAGCAGCAGCAGCAGCAGCAGCAGCAGCAGCAGCAGAUGUGUUGCUGUGCUAAGCAGGAAGGGGCUGCUGGUGCUGCAGCAGCUGCAGCUACGCCAUGAGGCCGCGUUGCUGCUGGGGGGCCCCCCAGUGUAUCUAUCUUCUGCUGCUGAAUAUAAUCUUGCUGCUGCUGCUGCAGCAACAGCAGCAGCAGCAGCAGCAGCAGCAGCAAUUCGAAGGGGAACUCAUGUCUCACUCCAGCGCUGUGAAGGCCUACGCUGUUUGCUGCUGGGGAUAGAGGGGUGCAGCAGCAUUUAUUUAAUUGGUUUUGCUGCUGCUGCUGCUGAUGACAGCAGCAGCAGCAGCAGCAGCAGCAACCUGCUGCUGCAUCUGCAACACAUCCUUACCAGCAGCAGCAGCAGCAGCAGCAGCUGCAGCAGCAGCAGCUGCAGCAGCAGCAGCAGCAGCUGGUUGGUUUUUGUAUUGCGUGGCAGCUGCCUCGAACCAUCCGCACUGCCCCUGCUCCAACAGCAGCAGCAACAACAGCAGCAGCAACAGCAGCAGCAGCAGCAGCAGCAGCAGCUGUUUGGUGGGGUUAAUCUAUGGAGAAGCAGCGCAGCACUUAAGUAUCGGCUGAGGCCCCCAGUGAGUGGCUGGCGGGCAACAGGCUUAGCUUUCUUACACAGCAGCAGCAGCAGCAGCUGCUGCUGCAGCAGCAGCAGCAGCAGCAGCAGCAGCAGCAGCAGCAGGGGCAGCAGGAGGCCUUUGUUGAUGGCAGUUCGUUGGGGUCUUCCUUGUGCAGCAGCAGAUAUACAAACAAAAAAACAAAAAAACUUUUUCUCUGUUGCUGUUUCUGUUUAUACUCUUGCUGCUGUGGGGGCCCCCCCUUUGCUGCUGUGGGGGCCCUCCUCAGUACCCUCUCUUAGAGGUUGCUUCUUACAAAACCAGCAGCAGCUGCUGCAGCAGCAGCAGCAGCUGCUGCUCCUGCAGCAGCAGCAGCAGCAGCAACUGCUCCAAGCCGCACGCCUAUACCCCACCACAGACACAGCAGCAGCAGCAGCAGCUGCUGCUGCUGCUGGUGCAGCACGGGCUGACUCGCUGCUGCUGCAGCAAAGCAGCAGGUUGCCGGUCCUAGGAAGCAGCAGCAGCAGCAGCAGCAGCAGCAGCAACCUGCUGCUGCCCAGCGCUGCAGCAGGGGCCCCUGGGUGGAGCAGGGGGCCCCUGGAUGCAUCCUUAAGCGGCAGCACCAGCUGGGGUGGCCUGCAGCAGCAGCAGCUGCUGCUGCAGCAGCAGCAGCUGCAGCAGCAGCAGCAGUUGCUGCAGCUAUCCCAGCAGCAGCCAUGGGAUGCAACAACGGGUUUAGCAGCAGCAGCAGCAGCAGCAGCAGCAGUGGCUCGGGAUGCAUCGACGGGGAUACCAGCAUCGCUUGAAAACACCCGCAAGCAGCAGCAGCAGCAGCAGCAGCAGCAGCAGUGGCUCGGGAUGCAUCGACGGGGAUACCAGCAUCGUUUGCUGCUGCAUCAGCAGCAGGAAGAGCAGCUGCGGCAGUGGCAGCGGCGCCGUAUACAGCAGCAGCUGCUGCUGCAGCAGCUGCAGCAGCAGCAGCAACUGCAGCAGCAAGCUGGUGCCUUCUCUCUUGGUGAUAUGGAGCCAGACCUAGAGCUGUUCCCCCCCUACAACUCAGCAGCAGCAACAGCAGCAGCAGCAGCAGCAGCAGCAACAGCAGCAGGGCCUGCAGCAGCAGCAGGACAGCUGCUGGGGGCCCCCUGGGGGCCCCUCCCCUCUUCUUCUUUCCCUUUGAGGCGGCCGCUGCUGCCUGUGCGUCGUCAGGAGCCGUAUCAGCUGCUGCUGCCGCAGCAGCAGCAGCAGCAGCAGCAGGGGGGUCGAUUGGGGCCUGCAGCAGCAGCAGCAGCAGCAAUGUAUGGUCGUGCUGCUGCACCUCUGUGGGCCCCUAUACACCCACUCGAUAGAAUACGCAGCAGCAGAGCUGCCUAUACACCCCAGAGGGGACUGACACCGAUGCAGCAAGACCCCAGCGGGCCGCUGCUGUCUCCUUUCUGA